CCUUCCAAUCCCCAAAACCCUUCUCUCUCUCUCUCUCUCUCUCUCUCUUUCUCAAAUGUGGCGCCGCUCGCUCUCCGGCGCCAGCGUAGCCGGCGCCGCCGGCGCCGCCGCCGCCGCCGCUCCACGGUGGUACUCCCCCCUCCUCCGCCGCAUCUCCUCCUCCUCCGCUGCCGUGGACUCCCUCCUCCUCCGCUCCCUCAAGGAGCACUACCUCGAAGUCUCCAAGAUGACCCCUCCUCCGAGAGUGAGCCCGCCGUCGCCGUACACGAUCGUGAAGGGAGCCCUAGACCGGGGGGGGCCCGUGCUCCGGCGACCGUACGGGGACGAGGAGAUCUCGAUCUCCGUGAUGCGGCUCGCCAACAUCCUCCCCGCUGGCGCCGAGGACGACGACGACGGCGGCGGCGGCGGCGACUCCAUAAGCCAGCUGUUCCUCCACGUGGACGUGUCGAAGCCCGGGAGGGAGGAGUCGCUCCACUUCCUCUGCGGGCUCUACCCCGACGCCGUUGGGAUCCACUCCGUGUGCCUCCGGCCCAAGACCGGUGCCAAUGGGGUCGGCAGGGCCUCGGCCAUCGCCAAGUAUCAGGGCCGCGUUUUCCAGGAAUUAGAUCAGAAGGUGCGGGACGCUUUCCAUCUAUACAUCGAGGCCCGCGGCAUAAAUGAGAAGCUUUUCGCUUUCCUCCAAGCUUGGCUUUACGUGAAGGAUCAUCGAAACCUCAUGCGCUGGUUUAAGAGUGUGGGCGCCUUCAUCAAUGAGCAAAAGACAGCUUGAGCUACAUCUUCUUUGUAAAAGAUGAUUUGCAAGUUCAUGUGCAUAAUAUAGCUUCAUUUGUCCACAUCAAAUGGACUUUGGUUUGAUUUCUAGGUCAAACUUUAGUUGGUACCCCACCACUCCUCAAAAAAGUCAACUCCAAUUGGUGGACAUUUUUUCCCCCUCUCUCUCUUUCUCUCAAUAGUCAAUACCUUUCUCCUAGCACCAUCAUGCAUUCAUGGUUACAUUCAUUCAUAGUGUGGAGUGAGUCAAAAAUGUGGUGAUGCUAUGAUUCCCUUCUAUUUUGCUCCCCCUUAUUGUGUUUAGUGGCUCAGCUUUGCUGCAGGGAAAAGCAGCCCCAUUUUUCUUGUCCCUCCACAUGUUUCUUUCAUUUGAUUGCCUACAUGACAUCCACUGGGGCAAAUGCUUGGAUGAGAAUUUUGUGCACUAGAGGAUUUGUGAGAUGUAUUAAUCUUAGCUUGAUAUCAUUGUCAU